ACGAGGCUUGUGUUUCAAAAGAACAUUCUCAGGAUUGUGACAUCUGACUGGAAGCUUUUGAAGCAUCUCAGAUGUCACACAGAUAUCCCUUGCAUCCCCCUCCGCACCCACCAGUGCUCAACCCCCAGCCUCUAGUGCCCAUCACUAGCCACUCACCACUGUGAGGUUCUGACGUCAGAUGCGGGCUGCACUGUAUUUCGGAGGACACCCUCUAUGCCCCAUUCUAUUCUUAAAACUCCACCUCUGUUGAGCUGUGUAGAAAAGAGGACAUACUGGCACCUCUCUCUGUUCUCUGUCUCUCUUCACAGUCUCCUCUGACUGUAUUGUUGUCUUUGGGAAAUUAUUUGAAUUUCAUUGUUCUUCAUAAACAAGCUGGAACUGGACUUAUUGGACUUGAAUCCAUUGUGAAGAGGGUUCAGUGGUCGAACAGUCAAUUGGUUGGACGAUCUGACGGUUUUCUGGUUGGACUACAACCACAGAGGGAGUUUUCUGUGUUUGAGGAGAGCAGGGAAGAGACGAGCUAGCUGCUGAGUGAAGGAGUGAAAGAGUAUCAUCUUGUAAUUAGUGGACUGGACUCUGAAAGAGGUACUGGUUUAAGAUAAGGAACAAUCACCCUGGGUUCCCAUUUAGAGGAAGUACAGUACAAGGAGGGUUACAUUUCAUUUCAACGAACCAUUGACUUUUUAACCAAGGAUGGAACUUGCAUGUGUUUGAGAAGAGCAGGGAAGACCUACCGUAGCUGCUGUGCGUGAAGAACAGAGGUGGUUACAUUACGGUUUAACCAGCCAUUGACCAUGGUUGACCGCUCUGCUGCGGAACCCACCAUGAGCUCCAGCCUGGUCAACUCUCUUGCCAAGGUGUACGACCGCAACCCUCUUCAUGGUCAGAAACUGGCCGGGACAAAGCUGAUACGUUCACCCACUGGACCUGACAAACAACCCCAGACACCGUCCUCACCCUCUUCCUCCUCUUCUCCGGUCAUUGUUACAUGGUGCGUUGAGACUGAAAGCCGCAUGGACUCUCUAAGCAGCCAGAUGGAGCAUCUGCUUAACCUCCAGGAGACCGUCAUCACCCGGCUGGACAGCCUGUCCCGGGACCUGGGGGGCGUGGGGAGGGAGGUGGCCUCUCUCCGGGCCGGGGCCUGGGGGUCGGCUGGAGGUCUGGGCCAGACACAGGGUAAGGCCCAGACCCAGGGGGUGGAGGUGGUGGGUCAGGCCCAGGAUGUGGCUGCGGCCUGUAGGGUGCUCCAGGGGGUGGUGCAGGAGGCCAGCCAGCGAGUGGAGCAGCAGGGGCAGAGGCUGGAGGGAGUGGAGAGGCUGGUGGAGGGAAUGCAUCAGGUCAUCGGUUUCAUCGGAGAGGUGGUGAAGAGCUCUCUGCUGGCUGAGCUGCUGUUUAAUAAGCCUGGAGGAUGUAAGGUGGCUAAGCUGAAGGACAAUGGGAUGAGGGAUGGGAAGGACAAGGCCAAACUCAGCCUGAAGUGCCGGAGAGCCCAGAAGAAGAAGCCUCCAGAUGCAUCAGACUCUGUAGAGGCCCUCCUUCUAGACCAGGUAGAGAAGCUCAACAGGCAGAAUGCUGAGCGUUCCCAUGGUAACGGGGUGGUUCUGGACAUGCCCCGCCUCCCCGUUGUCCAACCAGAGGACAUGGAAGAGCUAGAGGGGAAGGAGGAGGAGAAGAGGAAAACCCCCGAGCAGGAGGAAGGGCAGAGGGCCAGGGAAGAAGAGGAAAAGGAGGGGGAUAUAUUUGGUGAAUCUGACCCUGAGGAAGAGGAGGGAAGAGAGGGAGAGGCACUGAAGAUUAAGGUGGAGCACGUUAAAGAGGAAGACGGGGAGAAGAGAGGGGAAGGAGGGGAGAAAGAGUCAUCAGAACCUCCAGAAAGUUCUGAGGAGUUCGGUGCCAGCAGUAAUUGUGGCGUCAAUGAGGAGUAUUGGGUGAAAGAUAACUUGAAAACGAGUCGAGUGGAGGAAAGGAAAGAGGGGGAAGAGGAGGAAGGAGGAGUUCCUGAGGGUUCAGAGCUUCAGGCUGCCCAAUCAGAGGCAGAGAAGACGGAGAAGGAAGAGGAGGUGGAUGAUGGACAGUCAAAAGAGUACAUCAUUGACUCUAGCCCUCCGCCAGCAGCCCCCUUUGACCACCGCAUCGUGACUCCUAAACCUCACCAGGUUACUACCUUCUACGCCAUUAACAGAGAGGAGGUCCUAGGAGGGGGACGUUUUGGACAAGUCCAUAAAUGCGUCGAGAAAUCUUCUGGACUGAAGCUGGCUGCCAAGAUUAUCAAAGCCAGGAGCCAGAAAGAGAAGGACGUGGUGAAGAAUGAGAUCCAGGUGAUGAACCAACUUAAUCACGCCAACCUGAUCCAGCUCUACGCUGCUUUCAAGUCACGCCACGACAUCAUCCUCGUCAUGGAAUAUGUGGAUGGAGGGGAGCUGUUUGACCGGAUCAUAGACGAGAACUACAACCUGACAGAGCUAGACACGGUGCUGUUCAUCAGACAGAUCUGUGAGGGAUUACAGUACAUGCACAAGAUGUACAUCUUGCAUCUAGACCUCAAGCCGGAGAACAUUCUGUGUGUGAGCAGAGCAACAAACAAGAUCAAAAUAAUAGACUUUGGGCUUGCAAGAAGGUAUAAGCCCAGGGAAAAGUUGAGGGUUAAUUUUGGAACGCCAGAAUUCCUAGCUCCAGAAGUCAUCAACUAUGAAUUUGUCUCAUUCCCCACAGACAUGUGGAGUCUGGGAGUCAUCACAUACAUGCUGCUGACUGGUCUGUCUCCAUUCCUGGGUGACGAUGACAACGAGACUCUGAACAACAUCCUUGCCUGUCAGUGGAACUUUGAGGAGGAGGAGUUUACAGACAUCUCUGAGGAGGCCAAAGACUUCAUCGCGCGCCUGCUGAUCAAGAGCAAUAGUUGGAGGAUGAGUGCCUCACAGUCACUGAAACAUUCCUGGCUGUCGGACAGUAAUCUUCACUACCGCCUGCAUCAGAAGAAAAAUAAGUGCCACUCAACGCACACUCACCCUCCCCGAAAAUCUAGACAGUCCCCCAUCCCGAAUGAGUCUCCCCUCCAAAAUGACUCCCAAGACCCUGUGGGCCCCUUAUGAUGACAUGGGCAGGUGCCUAUUGAUGACACUGGGGCCAGGGGCGGGGCCCAACACUGGACCAACACUGCUGUACCUGUAUGGCUACUCAAUCACUACUCUCUGCGCUGCCUCGCAUCCUCGCAUCCGUUAGCUUUGCACCGCGGCUCGCUAUAGCUCUCGCCACAGAUGGGAGGGUGUGAGGCCGGCAGGAAGUUUUGGGUUACAUUUCUACCUCCAACCCCAGCCCCCUCCCACUCUGUUACUCUGGCCACAACAUCACCAAAGACACCCAGCUAACAAUGUCCACAGUGGCACGGUGCACCAUGCGGUCAUUCAGUCCUACAAGCACAAAAAGAAGGGACCUUCGCCAUGACAAGGGAAGAGGGGAUUGCAGGUGGGGUGGCCAACAACUGUUUGUUAAACAGCUGAAUGUCCCUUAUGGGCCAGUGUAUUGCUCUCCUAGCUUCAGUUGGGUAACUGAAAGAACCGAGUCGGGACAGAGCUGACAUGUGCAGCCCCUGGGCUGAGGUUUAGGAGGAGGGCUUCUAGUCUGAGAGGACAUCAUGCACAGCCCCUCGGACCCAGUAGGCAUCAUUCUGCCGAAUGAAAGAUGAGGCGUGGAGUGAAAUAGUGGAGUGCCCAUUUUCCCCCAGUAGAAAUUGUAUCCGGUAUUAAUGUAGUGUUUAUCAUAUUGCGAUUAAUGUGGUGUAACAGUUACCUAAAACUUGACAUUACUUGAUAAAGAAACGUAUGUGUUAAUGUGAUGGCUACCUUCAUAAUAGUUUUGUGUAAUUAAUAAAGGUAUUUUGCACAGUCACAUGUUAUAAGCAUCAUGCCCCGAACUUUAAUGGAUCACUAUCAAAUACAAACGGAACACCCAUCGUAUUAUUUAUGUACAUUUUCAGCAUACUGUGGAUGUGAAAUACCUUAUCAUAGGUCUAGUUUACCAAGUCUUGUCAUAACAUUGCUUUUUAUUUAUUUGAGACGUUUUGAAUUAGAAGUCUGGUGUGGGAGCAUUUAUUUUCCUGGUAUUUUCCUAGCAUAGUUAGGAGUGUUUUUUUUCUUCUUUACAUUUGACAAUACUGUCUUUCUUCUUUAUUUGCCUCAUUGAAGUAUGUUGUGUUAAUUGAUUGAAAUUGGAAAAUUAACAGAUUAUUCCUUAGUAUUUGCUCUUCCCAUUGCUGCUAACUUUACUUUCUCCUGGCAACACGGGUGUGAAUUUACUAUAAAACCACCUCUGUGCUUGCAUGCUGUUGGCUUGACCUUUGACCCUGCUUUGCUUUGGCCAUUUGGAGUAGCCCUCUCACCUUCCAUGAAGGCAUACUACUGAUCUACAGAACACUACCUAUAUGAUUGAAUAAUUUAUGUUUAUCACUGAAGUUAGUAGCCACCUACUGGGCACAGAUGUCAGUUCAACGUCUAGUUUUGAUUUACAAUUGGUUCAGUUGUCAACUAACGUGAAUUCAAUAAUUUUUUGGUUAAAAGAUUUAGGUUAGAAGUUGGGUGAAAAAAAGACGAAAUGCCCUUACGUUGAUAACGUAAAUCCAAUUAUACUGAACAAAAAUAUGAAGGCAACAUGUAAAGUGUUGGUCCCAUGUUUCAUGAGCUGAAACAAGGGACAUGUCCCCCCCCACAUUCUGAAAUUGCAUUUUUGUACCCCCCAGUUUUAUCAUUGAAAUGUGAUACAAAACAAGGCAACGAUGUGCUUUAGGACCAUUUUGGACGCAUCCGAACGGUCGGGUAGGCUGUUAGGAAUGUUUAUCCGACUUAAAACAUGUUAUAAAAUAAUAAUCAUAAUUAUUGUCCCCCCCACUUCUAAAGCCAAAGUUGCACCCCAGAUUAUUACACAGGUGCACCUUGUGCAAGGGACAGUAAAAGGCCACUCUAAAAUGUGCAGUUUUGUCACACAACACAAUGCCACAGAUGUCUCACGUUUUGAGGAAGCGUGCAAUUGGCAUGCUGAGUGCAGGAAUGUCCACCAGAGCUGUUGCCAGAGAACUGAAUGUUAAUUUCUCUACCAUAACCACCUCCAACAUCGUUUUAGAGAAUUUGGCAGUAUGUCCAACUGGCCUUAAAACCACAGACAAAAUGUAACCACAACAGUCCAGGACCUCCACAUCUGGCUUCUUCACCUGCGGGAUUGUUUGAGAACAGCCACCCAGACAGCUGAUGAAACUAAGGAGUAUUUCUGUCUUUAAUAAUGGCCUUUUGUGGGCAAAAAUGUAUUGUGAUUGGCUGGGCCUGGCUCCCCAGUGGGUGGGCUUAUGCCCACCCAGGCAUGCGCCCCUGCCUAGUCAUGUGAAAUGCAUAGAUUAGGGUCUAAUUUAUUAUUUUCAAUUAACUUACUCCCCUAUAUGAACUGUAAAUCAGUAAAAUUGUUGACAUUUUUGCACGUUGCGUUUUAUAUUCUUGUUCCGGAUAGUUUUACAUGUUGAUUCAACAUCAUCACAUAGAUUUUCGGGGUUGAAAUUACGCAGAAACAACGCUGAUUCAACCAGUGCCAGUCUAUUUGUGCUCUCACACCAACUUCUUGUCACUCAUUGUCAUGUCAAUUACAAUUAGCUUGACACUGGCAGCAAUGAAGUUGGCAAGAGCACAAACUGAUCUGGGACCAGGCUAUGAAGUUAGAAUUUAUGUUCGUGAGUUGUCUUGGUUCCUCAACAGAUUUGACUUGAAACGCAAGGCUUAGCGUCCAUGAGAAGGGUAUAUAAUAGUAUAUAAGACCCAGGAGAGAAUAAAACACAUGAAAGAAGAGUUUAUUUAUUUGUGUUCUACUGAUUACAUUUGAAGUGUUUGUGUACUUCUACUGUAGAUCUAAAUCAAAUAAAAUGUGUGUAUUAUUGCCCUGCUAUUCUCAAACUGUGGAUAGUGGGUUGAUUAUUAUUUGUUCAGAUAUUGAUUGAUUGUCAGAUUAUUUCUUGGUCAGAUGAUCCAUGAUAUCAAGUUGUUCUCCUUAUAUCCUUUCAAAGUGGAAAAGCGUUGUGAAUUGUUAAACAAUAUGUGAUUUGUUUUUCUGUGAUGAUUCCUAGAUAGAAAUGUAGAAAGAUAAAUAAAUACAAAUUCUGACGUGA